AUGAACGUUACUGUGGGAAGUCCCUUUUCAAUUCAUUUCUAUUACAAAUUCUGGAUAUCUGAUUCAGUGCAUGCCUUCUGGCUGGUGCAGUCUUUUAGCUCUUUUGAUCAGCUGCGUUCUAGUGUUGUUUCUGAAUCCAGAAUUGCACAAAAGCUACAUUUUCUUUUUGACUUAAUCUUGCUGAUCUCUCCUUAUCUUGCAGACGAUCUGGCCUCAUCUAGAGUCCGCCUCUAUUUCUUCAUCUCGAAUGAAGGGAACCAGAACUUGUUUGUCGUUCAAGCCAGCCUGUGGCUUUACUUGAAGCUGCUUCCAUAUGUCUUAGAGAAAGGCAGCAGGCGAAAAGUAAGAGUCAAAGUCUAUUUCCAAGACCCGGACACUAGCAACAAGUGGAAUGUGGUUGAAAAGAAAGUUGAUCUCAAAAGAAGUGGUUGGCACACUUUUCCCAUGACAGAGGCGAUCCAGGCUCUGUUUGAGAAAGGAGAAAGGAGACUGAACUUGGAUGUUCAAUGUGAGGGCUGUGAAGAGUAUUCAGUGCUGCCAAUUUAUGUGGACCCCGGGGAGGAAUCCCACCGGCCUUUUUUAGUGGUGCAAGCCCGUUUAGCUGAUAACAAACACAGGAUCCGGAAAAGAGGUCUGGAGUGUGAUGGCAGGACCAAUCUAUGUUGCAGGCAACAGUUUUACAUUGACUUUAGACUCAUUGGGUGGAAUGACUGGAUCAUAGCACCAUCAGGUUACUAUGGGAAUUACUGUGAAGGGAGCUGCCCGGCCUACUUGGCCGGAGUCCCAGGGUCAGCUUCCUCUUUUCACACCGCGGUAGUGAAUCAGUACCGAAUGCGGGGGCUGAACCCGGGCACCGUGAACUCCUGUUGCAUUCCAACCAAACUUAGCACAAUGUCAAUGCUGUACUUUGAUGAUGAAUACAACAUUGUGAAAAGGGACGUUCCCAAUAUGAUUGUGGAAGAAUGUGGUUGUGCUUGAUUUAAGGUGUGUUUUUGGGGGGGAGAGAGAGAGAACAUUCCCGUACUAGAUGGUAUUGGAGGAAGUUUCACUGUGUAUCCAGGCAUCAUUGUUGAAAAGUCACUGUGGAAAAGUUUGAC